AUGGACUGUACUUAUCAAGAGACUCCUUAUGAAGGAGGAGUGUUUCAGCUUGCGUUUGCUGUUCCUGAACCUUAUCCUCUGCAGUCUCUUCAUGUCCGACAAGAGAGAUAUGUCUUUGACAUAUUGAAGAACGCGUGGAGUCCUGCGUGGACGCUUCAGUCAGUGUGUAGAGCGAUCAUAGCAUUGAAUUGA